GUCCUAUCCAUUCAUACACAACAAGAUUGUUCUUGCAUUGAGCUACGAACAAGCCUGAUACUCAUCCAGGCCGCUCAUAGAGCUCAUCUCUUCGCGCAUUCUUUCACCCUUCCCCCAACAACAUGAGCGUCCGCGUCGUCGCUCGAAUCCGGCCUUUGCUGAAGCUCGAGAUCGAAAAAGAUGUAAUUGUCACCGCCGAAAGCGUCGGCAAUGAGAAGCCAGCCAGUCCCACGGUGGUCCGAAUACCAAACCCUAAGAAUGGUGCAGAGAGCUUUUCGUUCCAGUUCAACAGUGUCUACGAACAACACGCGACGCAACAGGACCUUUUUGACCACGAAAUCGCCCCGACCGUGAAGCAUUUGUUCAAUGGCUUCGAUACUACGAUAUUUGCGUAUGGUGUUACGGGCACGGGCAAGACACAUACGAUGCGCGGAGGAAAAUCUCUGGCCGAACGAGGCGUCAUCCCGCGACUGCUUAGCAAGAUAUAUAGGGAACAGCGAAAGAUUGAAAAGAGUACGGCAGGGGCCACAGAGAUUGAAGUCGCGAUGAGCUACUACGAAAUAUACAACGAUAAGGUCUUUGACCUAUUCGAGCCGCCAGAAAAGCGAACACCAGCAGGCCUGCCAAUACGGGACAACAAUGGCAAAACAGUCGUCGUGGGCCUGACCGAGAGGCCGUGCACGACACUGAAAGAGUUUGAACAGCUGUAUGACCAGGCCAAUGUGAACCGGUCCACUUCUGCUACCAAGCUGAAUGCGCACUCUUCGAGAUCUCACGCGGUCCUCUGUGUGAAAAUUACUCAGACGACAGAAACGAGCGUUCGUGUGAGUCGGGCGUCAGCCAUCGACCUGGCAGGUUCAGAAGACAAUCGCCGUACGGACAACAACAAAGAGCGCCUCGUCGAGUCUUCCAGCAUAAACAAGUCACUUUUCGUGCUUGCUCAAUGUGUUGAGGCAAUAAGCAAGAAACAAACCAGGAUACCUUACAGAGAAUCCAAGAUGACUCGCAUACUCUCAUUAGGGCAGAAUAAUGGCCUGACUAUCAUGAUCCUUAAUCUGGCGCCCGUGAAAGGUUACCACCUGGAUACCCUGAGCUCGUUGAAUUUUGCAAAUCGGACGAAGAAGAUCGAGGUAUGCGAGGUCGAGAACGAGCCGGUGUUCCGGUCAGACACGAAGUCUUCUACCACGACCUCGAGUAUAGCUGGAAAAAACAUACAAAGACAGCCGCUUCGGGCUCUGGCGACGGCGCACAACAUAGGCAUCAACAAAGUUCCAAAGUCCGACAAACCGGUGAAGGAAUUCUCAGUCUAUUCAGAUUCAAGAAAGCUGCCUCGAGCAUCUGCCAAUGCACCCACUGGCACUACACGCCGCUCGAAUGAGACCCAAAAACGGCCUGCCGAGCAGUCAAUACAAAGCCGCCCCUCGAAAGCGAUACGCCCGGCUGUCUUCCGAUCGCAUCCUUCGGAGCCAGUCCUCUCAGCGGCUGCCAUAGAAGCCAUGAUAGACGCUAAGCUGUCGGAGAAGUUCGCGGAGAGGGCCAUCUCGGAUGUGAAUUCUGCGUUACCCGCGCUGCCUCCUGAGCUCCAGCAGCGAUUGCUUGACUUGGAACGACGGGUGGAAGCGUCCACGGACAAGAGCAAGGAAGAGGGGCUCCACUUUCUCAUGAUGGCAAAACAACACCAAGCCAGAGGCGAGGAUACGAGUGCGCUGAAGAUGUAUCGACUGGCUGUGCCGUACUUCCCAGAUAACGAGAAGCUGGAAAGGAAGAUCGCCGCCUUGGACGAAAAGAUCCGCGAAGCGAAGCUUCAACAGGGACAGAUUACCAAAGAGGACCAGUAUUCAGAAGAGAACCCGCACAUCCAAAACGGGAGGACGAAUGGGAACUCAUUCCAACAUCAAGCUCCGGCAUUCACAUCUACAUCCACCGACUCCUACGACCCGACCCCGUCAUUCCAAGCCCCAGCCGCGCGAGCCAGUCUCAACGCCCCAGCAAAACGCUCUCUCUCAAGGACGACGAAACCCAAAUCCCGCAUCAGCGAGGAAGCCAGAAAGCAGCCCCAAGACGACCCAGACACGUCCGAAUUCAUCCCCAACGCCGACCUCGACGACGCCGACGAGAACGACAACGACAACGACGACGCAUACACCUCCGACUCAAGCAUCCAGUUCAAAAAACGCAAAACAUCAUACACCACCAAACCCAAACAGAAACGCGCUCCCAAAGUCGCCAUCUUCCGCGACUCGAUCUCGGCAUCCAGUUCAGACCCCCUCCACCGCGAAACCCAAACCUGCACGACUAUUACCAUACCCCAAGCAUCAGAACAAGCACAAGCACAACCACCACCAACCCCCCGCACAACCUCCCUCCUCAGCAUCAUCAACUCAAGAGACAUCAAACAGAUCCGUGCGCUCCGCGGCGUGGGCGCGAAGCGCGCAGAGACGAUUGUGAAUAAUCUCGUCGAGAUGGGCGGUGCGGAUGUGCUUGAUCUGGCGGCGCUGGCGGCG